AUGGCACCACAGAGUUCUUUAGCUAUGAGAAGAAAGAGUGCGGUUACUGGACGACUGGGUUUAUGGUCCCUCCGAGAGCUGCUGCAUCGGAGGGUGCUUUUUUUUUUUUAUCAGGGCAAGCUGUGUUCCAUAGCAGGGAACUUUUGGCAGAGCUCCCACUAUUUGCAAAGGAUUUUGGAUAAAUAAGAUCUGUUGAAGGAGCACCAAAAGGAUUUAAAGUUUCUCUCUGAAGGAGAAUAUUGGAAGCUACAAAUAUUUUUUACAAAUGUUAUCCGAGCAUUAGGUGAACAUCUUAAAUUAAGACAAGUUACUGCCACUGCUAUGGUAUAUUUCAAGAGAUUCUAUGCCAGGUAUUCUCUGAAAAGUAUAGAUCUUGUAUUAAUGGCUCCUACAUGUCUGUUUUUGGAAUCCAAAGUUGAGGAAUUUGGAGUAGUUUCAAAUACAAAAUUGACUGCUGCUGCUACUUCUGUAUUAAAAACUAGAUUUUCACAUGCCUUUCCAAAGGAAUUUCCUUAUAGGAUGAAUCAUAUAUUAGAAUGUGAAUUCUACCUGUUAGAACUAAUGGAUUGUUGCUUGAUAGUGUAUCAUCCUUAUAGUCCUUUGCUCCAGCAUGUGCAGGACGUGGGCCAAGAAGACAUGUUGCUUCCCCUUGCAUGGAGGAUAGUGAAUGAUGCCUACAGGAUGGAUCUUUGCCUACUGUAUCCUCCUCUCAUGAUAGCUUUAGCUUGCCUACAUAUAGCCUGUGUUGUUCAGCAGAAAGAUGCGAGGCAAUGGUUUGCUGAGCUUUAUGUGGAUAUCGAAAAGAUUUUGAAAAUAAUCAGGGUUAUUUUAAAACUAUAUGAACAGCGGAAGAAUUUUGAUGAAAGAAAAGAGAUGGCAACUAUUCUUAGUAAAAUGCCAAAACCCAAACCGUCUCCAAACAGUGAAGGAGAGCAGGGUCCAAAUGGAAGUCAGAACUCUAGCUACAGCCAAUAUUAA